ACAGAGUCUGAGAAUUCCAAUAAUAAGAAGGGCUGAAACACCACAGGCUAAAUAGCAUGUCUUCAUAUACUUUAUUUCAGAUAUUCGGUCAUAGGAGCUCAGGCUUUGAGUUUUGUUUUAUUUUGUUUGACAGGAAUGUAGUAGUAAUAACAAAGUUACCUUUCACUAUUUAUGUUUUUUCUCCUGUUUCCUUGGGUUGGGAGGAAAUAGACCAAAGAUAAAAGGUCUAGACAGUGGCCACCUGCUGUGGUGUGUGGGGAGGACGGUCAGCCCCCAGUUUAAGCAUGACAAGAAUAGUAUGGGAGAAGGGUGUGGUCAGGAAGGAUGGGGGACUCCCAGAGGGACCAGUGCAUUCUGAAAGCUUCAAAAACCACUUCCUUCGAGGUGUGGGAACAAGGGAUGGUCAUGGGGGUGGGGGGUGAAUAUGAACGAAGUACAAUGAUACACGCGUAAAAAAUAAACUUUUUAUUUUGGGGGAGGGGAACAAGAUUUUUCUGUGUAGCCCUGGCUGAAGGCUCCUGAGUACUGGGAUUAAAGUCAUGCACCACCACUCCCAGGAAACUAUUAUAUGUUUACUAAACUAAUUCCACACACACCAAAAAAAAAAAGCCAGUUCCUCAGACAGCUAUUAAGGUAAGAGGUACAAAAGCAGCUGGUUGCAGAACAUGAGCAAAAGAUGAGGAAGUGUUCAGGGUAUUACUGCAGCUACUGAGACUGGUUCUGAAUCUUCCUGAUGCUUCUUCAACCCUUAAAUACAGUUCCUCAGGUUGUGGUGAUCCCCAACCAUAAAAUUAUUUUCGUUGCUACUUCAUAACUGUAGUUUUGCUACUGUUAUGAAUCCUACUGUAAAUAUCUGAUAUGCAGGUUAUCUGAUAUGUGACCCCUGGAAAGGGUCGUGACCCACAGCUUGAGAACCACUGUGCUAAGAGGAAAGAAAAGGAGGGAGGCAGGUGGGCCUUCACCACACCAUCGGCAGUGGGUUUGACUAGGUCAGAAAAGGCUGACCUAGUCAAGAAAUUUAAAAGCAACUCCACUUUGAAAAUUUCCAUCCUAUCUUCAAACUUAGGGCUUUAAUCCCUCCUACCCCCAAUACACCCAUGGGUCCCUCCAGCCCUGGCCUGGGAUGGCCCUGAGUGGCCCACAAAUCAUGUUUUCUGGUUUUAAUUUGUUUUUUUCCUUUACCUACUUUUUUCUUUGUUUGUUUGUUUUUCGAGACAGGGUUUCUCUGUAUAGUUUUGGUGCCUGUCCUGGAUCUUGCUCUGUAGACCAGGCUGGCCUUGAACUCACAGAGAUCUACCUGGCUCUGCCUCUGAGUGCUGGGAUCAAAGGCGUGUGCCACCGCUGCCCGGCCCUUUACCUACUCUUACCUGCCACUUACUAGCUGCCUCCUCUCCGCUUCUGCCUUAAAUUGCCUCCUGAAAUGCUUCUUUGGAUCUAAGGGUCAAGGUGCAAAGAGGAGGUGCACCCCUAAGCCCACUGAUCCACUGAUCCCCGACUCUGACAGCCUGGUGGGGGCUCUCGUAGGCCUUCCCCCUUCCUGAACUCCAGUCAAGGAGAGCAGGCACUUGCUUCCAGGGUCUCAGUACCCCCUGUGCCAUUUGAGCCGCUUGUGCUCAUCAUCUCUAUUAAUAACCACCGUCCCUCCCCCUACUGCCGGUGCUGCCCCUACGCUUGCCCAGCUCAGGUUCGCCAGUCAGUCACAGCAGCUCAGUCCUCCAAAGCUGCUGGACCCCAGGGCGAGCUGACCACCAACUGAGGCGGCUGCCUGCUUCCCACUCCUUCCAGGUCAAAUCCAUCUCCACCAUGCCGCUCUCGGGAACCCCGGCCCCUAACAAGAGGAGGAAAUCCAGCAAACUGAUCAUGGAACUCACUGGAGGCGGACGGGAGAGCUCUGGCCUGAACCUGGGCAAGAAGAUCAGUGUCCCAAGGGAUGUGAUGUUGGAGGAGCUGUCGCUGCUUACCAACCGAGGCUCCAAGAUGUUCAAGCUGCGGCAGAUGCGGGUGGAGAAAUUUAUCUACGAGAACCACCCCGAUGUUUUCUCGGACAGCUCAAUGGAUCACUUCCAGAAGUUCCUUCCCACAGUGGGGGGACAGCUGGAGACAGCGGGUCAGGGGUUCUCCUAUGGCAAGGGCAGCGGUGGAGGCCAGGCCGGGGGCAGUGGCUCCGCUGGACAGUAUGGCUCUGACCAUCACCAUCAUCAAGGCUCCGGCUUUGGAGCUGGGGGUGCAGGUGGUCCUGGGGGCCAGGCUGGCAGAGGAGGAGCUCCUGGCACAGCUGGGAAUGGAGAGCCAGGAACAGGUGACCAGGCAGGUGGAGAAGGAAAACAUGUCACAGUGUUCAAGACUUAUAUUUCCCCAUGGGAUCGGGCCAUGGGGGUUGACCCUCAGCAAAAAGUGGAACUUGGCAUUGACCUGUUGGCAUAUGGGGCCAAAGCUGAACUCCCCAAAUAUAAGUCCUUCAACAGGACAGCAAUGCCCUAUGGUGGAUAUGAGAAGGCCUCCAAACGCAUGACCUUCCAGAUGCCCAAGUUUGACCUGGGGCCUCUGCUGAGUGAACCCCUGGUCCUCUACAACCAGAACCUCUCCAACAGGCCUUCUUUCAAUCGAACCCCUAUUCCCUGGUUGAGCUCCGGGGAGCAUGGAGACUACAACGUGGAUAUUGGCAUCCCCUUGGAUGGGGAGACAGAGGAGCUGUGAAGUGUUUCCUCCUGUAAUUCACAUCAUUUCCCCUCUUUGGUUCCAAUGUGAGAGGGGGUGCUGGACAGGAUUCCCCAACUGUUACUCCAGUAUCCUUGUGGCAAUGGAGGGUGAAGGGUGGGGGCACUGCCUUUCCACCCUUCAAGUCCCCACCCCGAGGCACCCCUCCUCACCAGCUCAGAGGGCCCAUCCUGUUGUUCCAUAUGGAAUCUGCUCUUUUAUGGAAUUUUCUCUGCCACCGGUAACAGUCAAUAAACUUCAAGGAAAUGAA